CGGCUGUCUCUCUCGGUCCGUUGGUCCAUCCCGGUUCCCAUUGUCUCCCCUCCUCACUCCUUGAAGACAACCCUGAGACGUUAAACUAAACUUGGCCGUUUUAACGCGCUCGUACGUCCUUCCGCACGUCCCGUUUGGUGACUUAAUUCGACCUGAAAUUUCUCUCUCUAUCUAAAACGUGGACAUGCGUUCCUGUUUGUUUUAUUUUUUCAACGUUGUAGAGAUUUAUUCAUCGUACCGGAGGAGGAAGUGAAUUAACCGAGCGACGUGCGGAGUAAACGGCGACGAUGUUGUGGAGGUGAUGUGAGAGGACUUCCAACGGCUGUUGACAUAUCUCAACAUUCAGGCAACAAUUUUACUCACCGGUUUCUCAGUGGAUAAAACACCAUAAAAAUCACGGGAAACGUAGACACUGGAUUACAACCGGAGCUUAAAAAGGUGUGUUUUGAUUUUAUGUGAAUGAACCUCUGAAGGAUGCUGUCGCUACAUGCACGUUACUUCCCUUGAGAUAAGAGAGGAGCUGGUGUAUGAAAGGAGGAGGCAGGGACCACUUGCACUUGUUUUUUCCACCCUGAAACAAAUUAGGCGGUUUCAAUCAUCCCACAUCCAAGUGCUCGGAUUAUUCAACAAAAGAGCAGUUAAUCGGGGGAAUCUACCCUUUAAUCCCAACAGCUCUGUCUGCUGUUCCAGUCUGUCAGUGUUUUGUAAGUGGCUUCUAUGAGCUAUUUAUUCAAGGAUGCAACUAAUCGGCAUGAUUGUCUUCAGGACUUUCUAGUCUAAUAGGAGGCUUCUGGACUUGUGGACCCUGUGUGGACAUUACUGGAGAGACCUACAUGAUCAGAAACCAAAAGUCAGUCAAAAUGAGCCUCACCACCUGAUUUAUUAAACUCCUGCUAAUAGAUGCUUUGGAAGGGUUUCCUCCUGAUCCAACCCUCCUGGAAGAUCAACCGUGGACUUAAACCGCCACCAUCCAUCUUUGAUCCCUGACCUCUUGUUUGAUGGAAAUCCGGAGGAUCACAUUUCCACCCGUUUCUUUUUGAAUGAAGUUGGAGCCUUUCAUUUCCCCGAGCUCCAGUGAGUACAGGGGCUGAUCUUUGCUCUCUGAGGCCGAGCGCCGAGCUGCUCCACCUGGGCUGCCGGCCAGCCAGACAGGCUCUCCAGGGGGGCUUCUAGGAUUUCCAAGGUCCAGCUGGAGGUUUUGGGAGUUUUAAGCAAGAGUUUUAGUUCUUCGCCACGUGGAUCACAGCGGGGAAGGUGGAGAACACCAUGGGGUGCUGUAGUGGCAGAUGCACCUUGGCCUUCAUAUGUGGCAUGCAGCUGGUCAGUGUGUUGGAGCGUCAAGUGAUUGAUUUUCUGGGCUACCAGUGGGCUCCCAUCCUCACCAACUUCCUCCACAUCAUCGUGGUCAUCCUCGGCCUGUUUGGCACCAUUCAGUUCAGGCCCAGAUAUGUCACAGGGUACGCGGCCUGGCUGGUCAUAUGGAUGACCUGGAACGUUUUCAUCAUCUGUUUCUACCUGGAGGUUGGAGAUCUGUCUAGGGAUUCUGACCUUGUCCUGACGUUUAACCUGUCCAUGCAUCGCUCCUGGUGGAUGGAGAAUGGCCCCGGGUGCAGGGUGACACCCAUAACCCCUCCUCCCUCCUGGGCACCUGAGGACCACCGAUAUAUAUCUAUAUCUGGCUGUAUGAUGGAUUUCCAGUUCAUAGAGGUGGCCCACUCCUCGCUGCAGAUACUCCUGGCUCUGAUGGGGUUUAUCUACGCCUGCUAUGUGGUUAAGCUCAUUUCAGAAGAAGAGGAUAGCUUUGAUUUUAUAGGAGGGUUUGACUCAUAUGGUUACCAGGGGCCUCAGAAGACAUCCCAUCUUCAACUACAGCCCAUGUACAUGUCAAAAUAAACCAAGGAGUGCUGCCUUACCCAUCACCACUGCUAAACACCCUGCUUUUACUACUCCAACAUCAAGACGCAGUCAAGUAAACAGAAUACCGAGGACAUUUCAACAGAUAAAUCCCGUUGUACUCUAGAUUUCUUUCCUGAUCUGCUGUUUUGAAUGGAGUCAGACUUGUUCCUGAAGAAACACUGGCCUCGUGUGGUUGAACCGGUAACUACAGGACAUUAUUGACUCCAUAACAGCUGCAUUUUCUUUUCUCUGAGGAACACAAUCAGGAUCUAGUUGCUUGCUUCCUCCUGUGCUGUCACGUAUCUGCAUUUUAAAACAAACCAAAGGGAUGUAAGGAGGCCACGACUCAUUACAUCUGUUUUUUCAGGCUUCAAGAGAGACGCUGUGUCAGAGAGGUUCACGCCGAGUCCUGGUUCUUACAGUUUCUGUUGACUUCAGUCGCUGUGUCAAGUGUUGUGGUAUCUAACAGCUCCCUAGUGCAGAUAUGCCUGACCAAAGAGCUUUAAAAAGACCCCAGAGACACUUUCUGGUGUUCACAAUAGAGCCUCUGCUCUUUGUGCCUGAAGAAUAGACGCCAGACUUCCAACUGAACUGACCCAGCAUCUACUAACAAGACUGCCGAUAAAGGAAUGUCAGACAUCUUUUUUUCUAAGAUUUCUUUUGGUGUAUUUGAGAUCUUCUGGAGCUCGACAAAAGUCAUGAACCAGACCGAAGCUACGCAUUUGAUUCUGUUUUCAUCCAAAACGUUGAAUGUUAAAUAACUGUGUGAUGUGUAGAUUUACAAACAUUCAUGUCAUAUGUGCAUGUGUACACAUUCACAUACAAAGGCAUUAUAAUGAUGUAUUUGUGCAUACACAUGCAUGCACACAUCUCCAACACACACAUUAAGCUUUUUUUUUACUACUAAUGUGAAUCUUAAUGUUUACAACAGAAAUGCAGCCUGCCCAACAGAGACUAAAUCAAGACAACGCGGCAGACUUCUUUGCUGCAACAUCCCAAAGGACAUGGGAUGUUUUCUGCCACAUUACUACAGAGCCGGCAGAUGUUACAGAUGUGUCACUUCCUGUCUGAAUAUUUUGUCUUCCGCCCAAGGCAGACCAGAAGAAGUAGUGGAGUCAAAACAUGACAACAGAAGGGGGAUUGAGGUCAACAAACAGUUUCCCUUCCUCCUCUGACCUUUCGUAGCUCUCUGUGCCAAGCUUCUGCCGUCACUCGCCCAUCUCUUUCUCCUUUUUCUGAUCUAUUGAUAAACAGCAGAAGGUCAGAUCACAAGCCCAAACAGUUUAAUCUGCUGCUUCCACCUCUUUCUAGUGAUAGAAAUAGGUCAAAAUCUCCCACAGGUUACACAAGAGAAAAACACAGCCUUUACAGAAAUGACAAUCAAAGUCAAAGUGGCCUGAGUCUUUGUCAUGGAUUGGCAUUUUUUGUAAGAAAUGUGGCAAAAAAAUGGUGACAAAUGGCUGUCAUCUUCAAGUCAGAAACACAGAAGCAUCAAGGGGAAAUUCUUUGAUUUAUUAUUUAUUGUUUUGAGUGUUGAUGAAAGACGAAGAUGUGAAACAACAGAGGCUGACUCUGAUGCCGUCUGUUCACGCUCCCCCUGCCUGCAGGAUGAACAACACACAUUAUACAUAUGAGAUGCAGACUUAGCUACCUGAGUUUAAUGUUGAAAGUGCCAAUGAUAUCAUCACAUGGACUAAAAACGGGAGGAAAACUAUAAUUAAUGGGUCCAGGGUUCACUUUUCUGGGCUCCCUUUUAGGGGUUACAUGUUGCAAAAAAUGUCAUUUGCAUUCCAGGCAUCCAGCAAGAUAACUUUUAUUUACUCAAAACAAAAAAAAGUUAAUUUCUUCCAGUUAUGUUGUUGCAUUUGAGUUGCAACCACCGGACCAAACUUUUGAGGCCUUCUCCGUCAACCAAGGAACAUUUCUGGUUUGAAACCCCGGCUUCUUUUUACAUAUGGAUGAGACCCCCCCUCCCCACCCACCGUGAGCUAAUCUCAAAGUCCACUCUCCUCCCUUUUCAGCAGUUCAUAACAAAACUCAGAGUUCAGAGUCGCUGCCCUCUUCACUCUGAAGGACAGAAACAAUGUUCUGUGUGUUUGCAUGAGGUGUUUCCAAACUGUUGCGUAUUUAAUCUCAUGCUGCGUGUGACUAACUAGCUACUUAAAACAGGAACUGUUUUGGUUUGUUGAAUGCUCCUCUGCUCUCUUGGAAGAGUCCUAAAUGUGAACUUUGUGAUUUUUCUAUAAAUAACAGUCUGUAAGAAGAAGGGAGAUAAAAAUACGCUACUACAAUGUAAAACAAUGAAAUGUAACUUUGAACUUCUAGACGUUUUUUAAUCACAUGUGGCCGUGUUUACUGUUUUUUCUAGUUGACUACUAAUGUAUGAUGUUGUGUACAAGUGGGACUACUAUGUCUUAUUUCUUCUAACUGUAUAGUGUAUUUGAAAUGAGAGAGUGAGACGAGAAUGGGAAGAGAGAGUUAGUUGCACUAUAGUCUUUAAUUCUUUUAUUAGGUUAAGGAUGGGAUUCUUUUGUUAAACAAAUUGGUGAGUUUACACUUAAAAUUGAAGGUAUAAACCGACACCACACAUUGCAUUCGAUUAACACAAUGACCAGAUAAGGUGUCAAAUUAAAGUAAGGAUCUACUGCCCUCAAAAGGAUACCACAUGCAUUCCUUAGGGACCUAAAUUAAAGUGUGAGUGGGUCAUGUCUCACGUAAAUAAAGCAAUUUAAGUUUAUAUAUUUAUUAGUUUAUUUUCCUGAUUAUUCGCAGAGGGAUUUUGGCGAUAAUGUGACCCUGAUGUAUGCAAGUAUUUGUGUGUUUGCAAGUGUGCGUGUUAGACUUUGUACUGCAGUACAUUGUACUUCUCUGUGUCAUGGUGAACUCAAGAACUCUCAACCCAGAACCCCUAAGACAGCCAUUCAACAUCAAUUCAGCUAAAGGAGAUGUACAGCUAAUCCUGUGUAUUUUUCUGAACAGCAAUAAAAAGCAGCGAUAAAGCAUAUUUCAAAUAAUAAUAAAAGCAGAAUGUACGCUCUUUAUGACUUAUCUUUAUCUUCACAGUUGAUUGAAACAUUUAGACUUUGGAACAGCAAACAGCUUUUGUCUGGAGGUCUAAGAAUGCACAUCUGUACAUAGACAGUCAAAUAUUUGCAGAAAAGCAGGGGUCAGCACAUUAUUUCGGGGUCAGAUCUUCAGUGGAGACUUUAGUGCAGAACCUGAUGUAAAAAUAGAAAUGUCUUUUACAACAGUGGUUCUCUACUGCACUAUCCUCAGGACCAACUACCACCUACGCAAUGAGAAACUGAACCAAAUUUCUACCAUUUUCCACCAUGCAGGUUCAUCUAAUUAAAUGAUGAAACAAAAGAUAUGACUAAACAAAGAGACAGGACUAAAGAUAAAACCUGUUUGAAAAGUGCAUCAUUGCAUUGGCUCUGCAUGCAUGCAUUUUACUUUGCUGUGUUUCUUGUGAUAACAUGUAUGUUUGGGUUGUUUUCCAGAGAUCUUGAGAAAUGCACACUUUAUCAUUGGAAAACAAGCUUUGUUAUGCAAAGAUAAGAAAAUAAAUAAGGCAAGUAAACAACUGAAAUUUUCUCAUUAUCAUGUCAAAAUUGAGUAAAAUACAAUAUAUUGAAGGGUGUCCACUUGGGGUUUCCUUACAUCAGAAAUUUUUCUACAUGUUUUCAAGGUACCACUUAAAAUACCUCCAUGGCUCAUUCAGUUGAUAGUUUAGAUAGGCCUACUUAUAAAUAUUAUUUUUCAUUUUUAGCAAAUUUCUUCCACUAAAUGCUAUAAGGUGAAAUCGUUUAGUCUAGCUUUAAAUUUAUGUUUGCAAUCAUGUAACUUCCAAUCACUUACUGUAGAACAUAAUUAAGAAUAUACAUUAGUUUAAUAGGGCAACACAUUACAUAAAAUUUUCUCGUACAGAAAAGGUCCAGGACCCACAAAUGAGCCCUGAGGACCUCCAUACUACUUGAAAACUUUAUUUCUCUUUAAUCAGUGUUUCUUUACAUGUGUAAUAAAAAAAAUUACAUCAAGUUCUGCCUGAGGAGAACUUGUAAAGUGCAAUAAAACAAACUGAUGUUAGGUUUUUGAACGCCUCACCAUGUCAUAUUCUAAAACCAGGAGCGUCCAAACCCUCUCUGAGGUUCUGGGUUGAUUGGUUAAUGUUCACCAGUGACCAGAACAUCUAUGUUGGUUUAAGUCCUUCUCUUUUUAUGAUGGUUUUCCCACUCUUGACUGACUGUAUAUAAACUAGACGGUUGGGAAUAAAGUAG